AUGUUGCAAAAAUUAACUAAUUUUAUAGUUGUCACUGUGAUAUUGUUAAGGUUUACGACGGCCAAAUUUGUGUUCAGAUCAUUGGAUCAUCUAAGAUUGAGUAGUGUCAAUGAUGUUAUUACUGAAAAUGGGAAAAAAUCUGAAAAGGUAAUUAAAACAAAGCAAGAUGAUAUAAUAAAUAGUGACAGUCCUUUUGUUUACUGGCCUGCAGAUAAGAACGUAAAGUCGCGCACAAAAUUUCAAAAUAAAUCACCUAAUAAUGAUUUAAUUAAUUUGGAUCCAGAUCGAAUUUUGUACACUGCUGAUUCCCUUGGUAAUCCUUUCACAGCGCCGGAUAGAUGUGUAAGAAUCGCUAGUGACUUGACGUAUUUAUGUGAUCCGGAUAAUAUUUUAUCGCAACAAGAGCAGUUACAACUUAACACUAAACUCAAGCAAUUCCCUACUAAAAACUUCCACUACUGCCCUGAUAGUCGACAAUACGGUUUGAAGGUUGGAAUGCUGUUGGUGAACAAUAUAUUGGUACCUUUUCCUAAAAGCCUGGAUGAUGCAGCACAGUUGCUAUGCCAAGAGCUGAUAGAUAAAUGGGGAUUAGGAAAUAAAGAUUGUAACGAUGGCAUUAUGGUACUAUAUAUCAAGAACAACAAUGCAAUCUUUAUCGCAACCAAAGAUGCAAAUGACACACUCUUAUCUACGGAUAAGAUCACCAAUAUCGAGGAAAUUUUCACAAAUAAUUUAAACACAAACAACAAUGAUUACCGAUCAUUAAGUGAUUUAGUUGACAAUUUGAGCGAUGCAUUGCCUAAAAAAACAGAAGGCACUAAAUGGUCUGUAAUAAUACCCUGCGCCAUAGUGAUACUGUAUCUGGUUGGGGUGGGGGCAAUGUAUAAGAUCAGUUAA